AUGGAGCCAUUCCGCCUUGCCCUGUUUCUUUUCGCCAUUUUGAGCAUGAACAUAUUGGCUGACCGCACCUUCAAGAACUGUUCCAGUCUUGAGCAACUCCGCAUCGGAAAUAGCCUGAUAACCGCAUACAAGCUCAUCACUACCGCUAAAGUCCUCGGCACGUCUGAGUUCAUCGAGGAUACAGACUCCUCAGGUUCAUCGCAAGAGCUGAAUGAAAUGAACCAACGCUGGCGAGCAGACGUCUACAAGGCUAUCGCUAUAGAACCCGCUCAGCUCACUUUCGACUGUUCCUUCGAAAACACCACCAUCCAAGCCAUGUGCGACGCUGCUCCAUACGGAAUGCCCGAUACAGCGAACAAGCUCCCUGUGCUCCUCGUCAAAACAGACACCGGCAGUAUGGUACUCUGCAAGAACUACAUUUCUCAAGACGCUCGUUCCGCUGCGGUGCCUAUCGCUCACGAGCUGGUCGAGAUUGCGAAGAAGGAGGAGCAUAACAGGAGAGCAAAAUCAGUGAUUCAAAAUCUGAGAGCGAUAGAUUACCACGCACAGCAGAUGACUGAGAAUCUAUACAAACUUCUGCUAAGCUUGGACGAAUUCUACCUCACCGAUUUCUGGAAACGCACUAUGAAACGGUAUAGCGAGACGAUAGGCCGUAUUAAGGCAAAGUUGACGUAG